AUGAAGGUCUCCAUGAUGGAGUGGUUCGCGGCGAUCCAGGCGAUGGUGGCGCUCUACCUGGCCGUCGGCUGGUGUCCCCCGGUGAUGAGGAGUCUGCUGCUGAAGCUCAUGCCGCUCCAGACCAAGAUCUGGCGUCGUCCGAUGGCGCUUCGCGUGUUCACCCAGGUGCUUGCACUGGCCUGGAGCAGAGAACCACACGAAACGACAACUCAAACAAACCCGACUCCCUCAUCUAUGUUCUUCCUGGUGUCCGCCUUUCUCGUGCCGCGCUCCCUAGGCCUCAUCGUGGUCGCGUCGGAGUCCGCCGCGCUGACGCUGGUCGUCGCGAUUAUCUGCGGUGCUGCGACCAAAUCAACAGCAUCAGUGGAAUGGGGAUUCAGCCCCCGCCUCUAG